UUUCUCAAUUUUCAUCCUUGUGUUCCAUGGCGCGGCUGUCAAUCCGGCCCAGCGACAAACAUCGGCAAGGAUUCAAGUGCAUGCUAUAGAUUUACGGAGUAAAUACUAGAAUAACUAUGCAGCUCUCUCCGGAAUACAGCGUAUAUACUCCCGUACAGUACACAUGCAAGGUAGCUGAACACUGCCUCGGAGCUUCUAUACAAAGACGUCGAGCCCACCGAUUCUGGACAACAAAAUGCCUCGUGGCCGACAGGUGGACCGGGGCGCUUUCAUCUCCAGGACCACUUGUUGGACCGUUCGUCCCGACAAGACAGCAGCCUCGGACAUGCUGGCUUUUGAUUUGUAUUUCGUGGUGGAUGUGGUGGAGUUGGGCUGCAUUUCAGCUGCUGCCGUGCCAAUUUUCGGGUUUCCACUUGUUCCUUUAUUUGCCGGCACUUACGACUGCUCCGUACUGUGUCUCCCGGUGUAGAAAACUAACGGUCUAUAUUGAUAACUGUACUUGUACUCGUAUCCUAACUCUGUACAUUCGCCACCGAUCCAUAUUGCAAAAAAAAGAAAAAAAAACCCCCCAGGGUAUAACUCCGUAGAUGCAUCAUCGCGAACCCGUUCCCGCUGCAUAUCCCAUGUCUCGAUCAUCAUAAAAGAAAAACUAUAUCUGUCCCUUGAUGUCAACCACCCGAUGCGCCUCAUUUUUGGACGCUUCAAACAUCUGCGUAGCUAGGCCGCCCGUUAGCAGCUUCACAGCCCCGU